UUUGACAAUCGCAUUCACGUUCGAGUGGAGUGGAGAGUUCGACCUUUGUAGCUAUUCAGUGUGAAUUGAGAAAAGUGAGUGCCUCCUCGCUCGUAAACAUUGCUCUUGCCUGGCAUGUAGCUGCUACUCUACCUACCUUCGUAUAGUUUGUUGUAAACGGGUUUUUGUCGUUUUUAAAAGUUGAAUACGUGGUGUACAAUAGCCAAACUACUACCUUCCUAACCUACGUAGACGAAAGUGCAUUAAUUUAAAUUAUCUAUAUCUUAGAUAGUUUAUAUUUUUCACACGACUUAUCGAGACGACAAUAUACAUUUUAGUCAGUGCGUGUUUUCUUGUCUAAAGAUAUUGAGCUAAAAAACAUUGCUCCAUCAGAAUAAGAAUGGCAGCCUCAGCUGAAUUAUUUUGCGACUUGAUUGCCAGCCACAGUGGACGCGAUAAAGUUAUGAAAGUACUAUGCUACACUGCUAAAGUACUAUCCACUCCCAAUUCAACAAUUAAAAUCGACAAUGCCAAAAAAUUCUAUAUAUUCAGUUCGAGGAUAUCACAAGCUAGGGCGACUCUACGUCUCGUCGAUGACUUGCCAACCAUUCUCUACGCCCUUGAAUACGGUCUGGGGCGACACGAGAAAAACCGAUUCGACGCACUUCUCGGUGUGCUGACUAACAUCGUUGACAUUUUGUUCUUCCCCGUUGACAAGAUAUGUUGGCUGUCAGAUCAUAAUAUUUUGCAGCUGGAUGAGACGAAGAAGUCCAAAUGGGACGUCAUCAAUUCCGUAUUCUGGAGUUUGUCGGUGUUCCUUAACCUGUCAAGAGUGCUGCGUGACUAUCAUGAGAAGCACAUUGCUGGGGCUCUUCUAAUGAAGGAACGUGCAGUUGGCAAUGUUACGAAUGAUGAUGCCGAAAUGGCAAGGAAGAGGUAUGAACAACAACGUAUCAUGGAAUCGAUUACUGUUUUGCGAAUGAGCUUGGAUUUGGUACAUGCUGUGAGUUCGCUGCCAAAAGGGUAUCUCUGGGGUGGGGAAAUCAAGAGUUGGAAGGUGGGUGUAAUAGGUUCGUUGUCAGGGUUAUUGGGUAUUUAUCAGUAUGUUGUUAAAAUUAAGAAAUCCAAAAAGCAUUAAUUUUUUAAAAUUUGUUUUCUGUUAUAAUUGUUUUGUCUUUAUUUUUUAAUAAAAAUACAAUAUUUCUUCCUCUUUAUUUUUUAAAUAAAAUAAAAAAGUAAAUUAUAAAACAAAAAAUGCGAA